CGCGUCGCCGUUACCGGUCCUGACGGCGGCGGGGGGAACCGGGGGGGGUGAUGGCGCCGGUGGCGCCGCGGCUGCAGUUGGAGAAGGCGGCCUGGCGCUGGACUGAGACGGUGCCGCCCGAGGCGGUGUCGCAGGAGCACGUCGAAGCGGCCUACCGCGUCAGGCUGGAGCCCUGCCAGCGCGGCGCCUGCCGGAGGAACUGCCGGGGGAACCCCAACUGCCUGGUGGGCAUCGGAGAGCACGUCUGGCUGGGCGAAAUUGACGAGAACAGCUUCCACAACAUCGAUGAUCCCAACUGCGAGCGCCGCAAGGAGGAUGCAUUUGUGGGCUUAAAGAACCUCGGCGCCACGUGCUACGUGAACACUUUCUUGCAGAUGUGGUUUCUUAAUCUGGAGUUCCGGCAAGCCCUCUACUUGUGUUCCAGCGAUGAGCCCAAAGGCCAAGCUGCGACCGGUGUGGCAGGGAAUCCAGAUUCGUGUCUGAGUUUUACGAGCUGGCGUUAAACAUCCAAAGGCACGAGCAGCUGACAGACUGCAUAACAGAGUUUCUUAAGGACUGCGAUUUCCAGGCUAGAAUGUCCCGAGAUGCGCAAACAGAGCGUGGCCAGGGGCAAAAUCAAGCAUGAAGAGGUGAAGGAGCUCUACCAGAGGUUACCUGCUGAAGCUGGUCUGUCUGGAAGUGGUAACACUAGCUCCUGCUACAAACACGCAACUGGGGAGAGGGAGAGAUCCUUUCUGGGAGCUGGAGAUGUAAACAAAUUAAUUAGUGCAUCCCUGAAAACAAGAACAGAGGGAAAACCUCUCGCCAGGGCCCCGCAGCCCUGAUGGGUCCGAAGCGAGGGGCAGAGGGCUCCCGGCAGUAACGAACCAGAGAAAGAUGUUAUCAAAAGUCAUUAAAACAGCCCACGUUUCUAAAAACACAGUUCACAGAGAGAGAGACCGUGUGGUUACUCGGAGCGGUCGCGCCUGGAAGUGAAGCUGCGAAGGCGAGCGGUGUGGUGUGGGCAGCCCGGCCCUGGGAGCGCAGGGCUCACACUGCAGGGAAAUGGAUGAAGACAUUCCUCACAACGAACAAUUUCUUUACUUUCAUGCUGUACUGAAAGAGGAAUAGCGGAUCAAAGAGGGGAUUAUCUGGAAGCAGGUUACGCCUCAAGAGUUACCGGAGAAUGGAUGGAGCUGGUUUUGAUCGACCGCAUCACAACUCCUCUGGGACAGACGAGGCCCCCGCCUCCCCUGCAAACAUCUGCCU